UUAUAUUUCUAUUUGAUAUGAAAAUUAAAUUGUGAUAAUUAUAAACAGAAUUCAAUUUAAUAUAAAAUAUUUUCAAUUUUCUCAACCACGGGCAUAUAAAUUUAGAACAACCUGUAUACAACAAAUUGUUAUAUUUAAUUUUAAGAAGUGAUUAAAUAAGACUCAAGUGAAAUCGUUAAUAGGUCAUUAUCGUUGUUCGCGGAAGGAUCGAUCAUUAGCCGAUGCUAAAUAAGACUAAGUGGAAAUAGAGAAUAGGUCAUUAAAAUUUGUAUAUAGUAGAAAGUAAUUUUAGAAUGGGAAUUAACUAUUUUCUUUGAAAUCCAUUAAGCAUAUUUAGAAAGUUUAAAAAUUGGUUUUGAGGAAUACUGCGAAUGAGAGUUGGUGGUGGAAGUUUGAUUUGUGAAUCUGGAAGGGAUAUUUAGAAAGUAGGAGAAUGAAUGACAAAUAGAGAUCAGAAUGUUUUGAGCUGUCGAGAAGUGAAGUCGAGUAGUAGACGGUAGUGUACGGAGAGUGAGAAAGCCGGUGUAGUUCCGUGAGUGUGGAGUAUCUAUCGUAGAACGAGAGGUAGGCCAGGUUGAGAGUAAAAGAACCUCCUUGAGCCAAGAGUUCCCGGUAGCUGAUUGCAGUUUCGAAAAAGGUAGAACACAGCAUCACGACAGAAGCAGGAAACGAGAGCUAUACGAGCUAGUUUCAGAGGAGAACAUUACUGGAAGCCAGGACGAGGUUUUGAUUGCAGCCAAGGAUAGCAGGAAACGGGUCUUGUGUGAAGACAUUCUCAGUGCACCAGAAAAAGGUCAGUCUCAUUUGUUUGGACAUGAAUGUAUGGGUUUUUCGUAGUAAAUACCACAUUUAAAAUUGAAGAAACAUAAUCAAUAAUAUCAGAAAAGCUUCAUCAAACUUAAAUAGAAUUAUUGCUAAUAAAUCAUAAUAGUUAAAUGUUAAUAAAAACUUUCAAUUGGAAAUCAAAAGGAAAUAAGAUUCCCAUGUGUAAAUGUUAUGUUUAAGAAUAAUAAGAUAUAGCAAAUAUUAAGCAGUGAUUGCCAUUUAAAUAAAAUAAACAAUAUUUUGAUUACAAUUGUAACCCAUAUGUGUUAUUAUUUUACUCUUUUCUUUCCUAUCCCGAUUAGGAACCAUUAAGAAAUACUUAGAAGCCACGUAUGUAAGUACUUAAUUUUAUAAAAAGCCCUGAGAUUGAAAACAUAUUGAUGUAUGAUCUGGUAAAUUAAUUAGAUUAUUAUUAAAGCAUUGAUUAAAUUAAAUGACAUAUAAAAUUAUUAUCUCAUAUCAAUAAUCAAGAUCACAACAACUGUCGUCCAACGUGGAGGGCAUUGUAAAGUAUUUCUAGUGGCAAAUUUGAAGGAUAGAAAGAGUAAAGCCGGUAUUUGAAAAUUUAUAUGCCUGUGGUAAAAAGUGAGAUACUUACAUUUGAUAACAUAAAAUUUUAGAUCUCUUUAGGUACACAUUUUACAUAACUGAUUUAAUAUUUUAUUUUUACGAUAUUUACAUUUGAUAUAUUUAUUGACAAUUUAUAAUAUUUGGGAGAGAAAAAGUCGUCUUGGUAACAUACUAGUAAAAUUUCAUAUUUGGCGGGGAUAGUACUUCUUGAAAACAAAUGUCUGUGACAAGAAGCCAAAGCAAAGACAACAAAAAGCAAAAAGAACAUUCAGACCAAGAAGAUAUUUUAGACACGACAAUCAUGGCAUCAGAACAGCAAGAAUUAUCAGGAAUAGAUAAACUAUUACAAAUGAUGCAACUCCAGUCACAAAAAAUGGAUGAAGCAAAAAGGACAAUGGAUAAAAAUCAGGAAGAAACAUAAAAAAAAAUGGAUGAAACACAAAAAAAAAUGGAUGACAAUCAAAAGGAAACAAAACAAGCAAUAGAAGAGAACAAUAAGAAAAUAGAGGAACGCAUAGAAAAGUAUGAAAAGGAAAUAAAAGGAUGUUUGACAACAAUGAAAAACGAGAUAGAACAGCAAGAAAUGAAAAUUAAAGAUCACAUGCAAGAACAAGAAAUUAGAAUGAAGGACCACAUGAAAGAACAAGAAAUGAUAAUUCAAAACAAAAUGGAGGAGUUAACGAAUGGCCAGAAAAAGGAACUAGAAAAUUUGGAAAAUAAGUUAGAAAAUGCUAUUCAAGUAGACAGAGAAGAAGUGGAAAAAAGAAUCACAGAAAUAGAAAAACAAGUCACCGAAAACAGGACGCAACAGAAUGUCGGAGAAAGAAGAGAAAUGGUUAUACAUAGCACAGAUGACGUGAAGAUAAGGUUUGGCGGGGAUGUAAGAAGAUUACACCCAGUGCCGUUCAUAAAUAGCCUGAAAAAGAAAAUACAGCACAUCGGAAAUUUCGAAACAGCAAAAGAAACUAUCAGAAACCAUCUCAAAAAUGAAGCAAGCCUAUGGUUCGAUUGCAAAGAAGAAGAAUUUGACAGUUGGCAAGAAUUUGAACAAAAAUUUUUGAAUUAUUUCUGGGGAAAAGUCCAACAAUUGGAAAUUAACAAGGAAUUGCAAAAUGGGAAAUACAAUGAUAGGAUGGGUAUAUCAGAAAGGACAUAUGCAUUACAAAUUUACUAUAACGCAAAACAUUUACAAUAUAAUUACUCAUCGGAACAAUUAGUCGAACUGAUUGCAAGACAUUUCGAAGAAACGCUGGAAGACCAUAUCACAUUGCAAAACUACAAAGACAUAGAUAGUUUAUGCCAAUUCCUACAAAUAAGAGAAUUGCGUUUAAGAGAAAGAAAAUCAAGAAGGUCGCGAGAAGAUUACAGGCCCCGAGAAACACAGGAGUACAGAGAUAGAAAUGAAAAUAGGAGGGACGAUACAAGACGAGAUUUUAAUCCCAGAAGGGAAAACGAAAAUAGAGACAACGGAAGAGGAAAUUAUGAACAAAGAAAUAGGCAAUGGAAUGAGGACAGAAAUCGAGAAUACCAGAAUAGAAACACCACACGCUCAAAUCAAGAAAACAGAAAUAAUGGUAGACAAAAUGAACAGGGAUAUCGAGAAAACCGAAACAGAUCCGACAGACCAAGAGAAAAUAGAAGAGAAGUAAAUAAUACCCAGACAGAUGAAUAUGACGGAGAGAGACAUUAUGACGAAAAUAUAAACAACGAUGAGCAACCGGCGUUUUUUCACGACGGCGCUCACUAA